AUGGGUGGUCUGGGUAAGACAACCCUUGCUCAGUUGGUCUACAGAGAUGAAGAGGUCCAGAAGCAUUUCCAAUCGCAUAUAUGGGUAUGCGUUCUUGAUGAUUUUGAUAUGCCGAAAGCUUUGCUUUGGAAAUAUCAUACAUCAGCUUCGGGAAAAAGUAUGAUGAUACGGACAUGGAAGUCCUUCAACGUGAGGUUGAGAAAAGAAUUGGGGCAGAAGAGAUAUUUGUUGGUAUUAGAUGAUGUAUUGAAUGAAGAUUUCCGAAAGUGGGAUGCUCUUAGAAACAUGUUGCUUGAUGGAGGAGAAGGAAGCGGUGUACCGAAGCCACCAAAGCUGGUGGAGAUUGGUGAAAAGAUUGUUGAGAAAUGUCAAGGAUUACCGCUUGCUAUAUUAGUAAUGGGAAGUAUCAUGCAUGACAAGAGCGAAGAAGAGGAUCAUGAUAUUGAGGAAGUGGAAUUGAUUCAGUUAUGGAUGGCUCAUGGGUUUGUUGCAUCUCAAAAAGGAAAUGAUAUGGAAGUUGAAGGGCGAGAGAUUUUCAGUAAGGUUGAGAAGCCGACCUCUUUUACCAAUAAUCGUAAACUUCCCAAGCUUCCCAAGAGCAUAACAUACAUGAACAGUCUUAGACACCUUAUUUUUGAUCCUCUAGAUUUCAAGGCAUUACCUGCUGGUUUGAGUCAAUUACAGAACUUGAAAACAUUAACACGAUAUACCGUGGGAGAUGAUGCAGAGAACAACAUAGGACAAUUGAAUCCCUUUGGUAAACUUGCUUUGGAUAACCUCGAGAGGGUGCAGAAUGCUGAUGAUGCUAGAAAAGCUGAUAUGGGUAACAAACAACUUAUUCAGACAUUAAUAUUAAGUUGGAUUAAAUUUGGUUGGAUAAAUGAUGAUGAAAAUUGUUUGAUGGAAAAUGCGGAGGAGGUGUUGGAAGCCUUGAAACCUCCCAGUGGAGUAAAAAAGCUUGUAGUUAGAUGUUAUCCAGGCAAACAAUUUCCAAUGUGGAUUGAAGAAAUGCAACAAUUCCAAUAUCUACAUCAUAUCGAACUAUCUGAAUGCAGAGAAUGUAAGCAACUCCCCCCAUUUGAGAUAUUACCCACUCUUACUUAUCUGAUUAUCAGUAGCAUAAAUGGCAUCAAACGCAUUCUUAAUAAUAGCAGAGCUGUAGACAUGGCUGCAAAUGGUAUGCCUCCUUUACCGAUGUUCGAUGGCGAAGAUUAUGGAGCAUGGAGUAUCAUGAUGAGAACAACAUGUUUUAGUUCUCAAGAUUUGUGGGAUUUGAUUGAUAAGGGAAUCCCAGAAGGUGAAGACGAGGCUAGGAUGAAGGAGCAUAAGAAGAGAGACUCAAAGGCCCUCUACUUGAUCUAG